AUCCAUCCAUCCACUUGUCUUUCAUUCCUUCCAUCCAUCCAUCCAUCCAUCGUUUGUUCCAUCCAUUCAUCUGUCUUUUGUUACUUCCAUCCAUCCAUCCAUCCAUCCAUCUGUCUUUCGUUCCAUCCAUAAGUCUUUCUUACCAUCUUUCUUUUCAUCCAUCCAUCCAUCCAUCCAUCUAUCCAUCUUCUGUUACUUCCAUCCAUCCUUCAUUCCAUCCAUCCAUCCACUUGUCUUUCAUUCCUUCUAUCCAUCCAUCCAUCGUUUGUUCCAUCCAUUCAUCUGUCUUUUGUUACUUCCAUCCAUCCAUCCAUCCAUCCAUCUGUCUUUCUUACCAUCUUUCUUUUCAUCCAUCCAUCUAUCUAUCUUUUGUUACUUCCAUCCAUCCAUCAUUCAUCCAUUUCUUGCAUCAAAUCUUUUGUUCCAUCUAUCCUUUCACCAAUCAUAAAAUGUAUGAUAUUAAAUAACUGAUAUUAACAUUAUUUAAUGUAAAAGUAAAAACGAAAAUGUAAAAUAUGAAAUCAUAGGCUAUUCAUCUUUUGUGAACAUUAACUCUUGUUGGAAACAUCAGUUUUAACAUUAAUUAAAUACGUUAUUAGAAUGUAAAACUACUCUAGAAAUCACACGUCUAGUCUAAUCACAAACUCCAUACCCCAUAGCUCCAUAGCUACAUUAUGACUUGCUCUCAGUAUAAUCUCACACACUGGUGAAACCUGAGUUAAAACCAAACGCAAUGGUUGAAAUUGAGACAUAUAGCAGAUCUGCUAGAUUUUGCUUCAGAUGUUUACGUUUAACGCUUCAUCUCUGCUGCGCGCGCAGACGCUUCAUUAAAUCAAUGCCGCGCCGAGUAUUAUAAUGCGAGCGCUCUGAUUGGUCGACGGACCGCUGACGUCAGGGACCCCGUCGCUUGCGGUGGAGCUCGGCUGUGGAAGCGCUGUAGUGUUUGUUGCGUCGCGUAGAUGGAGUGUUUGAAUGCGCUCCGUUGUUCUCAACAAAUGCGCGACAUAACUCGCUCCUUUCGAAAGGAUUACAGAGUUUUAUUGUGAUCCAGGAAUGUUAUUCUGUCUCCGGAUACGGAACUGCACUUUUAUAGCAGACUUUAAGUUUGUUUACGGAGUUUCGGACGCGUUUGUUUGGAUGUUUGUGGAGCAAAAGCUUGUCGAGUCCAGCAGAAGUAAAUAACGCGGUUUGCAGAGAUUUGGUUCUUGAGCUGAGGUUAGACUGAAAUGAUAAUGCGACUGAUGAAGACAUCUGAACAUAAUAUAUGAUUAACGUUACAUCUGAACCUGACUCACCAAAAGACUCGUUUAUAUCAGUUUUGUGUCUUGGGCUCAUGUAAUGAGUCUGUAAGGAAUGGCAACCUGGGAUCUGUCCUAAACUCUAUUAAGGUCUUGAUCAGCUGAUCCAGGAAGGAUCAUGGCCCUGAGCGAGGGCUUCACCACCAGCAGUGGCGGAUCCUCAACUUCCGCAAACGCCAUUGAAGAGCAGGAGGACGAGCAGAGAGUGUCGGCGUUCACACAGCCCAACGAACAGACCCAGCCGAUGCGCUCUGGUCAGAACGGCGGACUCAAACCCAAUGGAACCAUGUGUCCGUCUUCGCCAGGCUCCUCGUCCUCGUCACAUGUCACAGACUCUCAGAGGCUGGCUGUGCUUCUGCCCAACGCUCUGCCACCUGCCUGCUGCGUUUACUGCUCUCCCCGGCAGCCCGUCUGCUGCAACGGGAACCAGCAGGAUUGUGCUCUCUUCCAGAGCUCCAUGUCGACUGCGGCGCUUCACAUGGGCUCGUGCUGCGUUCAAGGCGUGCGCUGUUUCUGCAUGCAGCAUCACUGGCCAGAGCAUCUCCAGAACCAGCCCAACAUGGCCACACUGAGCCCUCCAAGGCCUUUCCGGUUUCCCAAAAGUUAUGCGGAGCUCAUUGCUGAUUGGCCGGUGGUGGUGUUGGGGGUGUGUACCGUUCUCAUCGUGGUUUGUGCGCUGGUCGGUAUCCUCGUGCCCGACCUGCCCGACUUCUCAAAUCCACUGCAGGGAUUUGAACCGAGAGGCACUGCAAUAGGCCAGCGACUUGUAACAUGGAACAACAUGGUGAAAAACACAGGCUACAAGGCAACGCUGGCCAACUACCCCUUCAAAUACGCGGAUGAGCAGGCCAAAAGUCACCAAGAUGACAGGUGGUCCAAGGAUCGUAAUGAUCGAAAGAAAAGACAAGCGGAGUGGGAUUUUAGUAAAGACAGUUUCUUCUGUGAUGUACCAGGUGACAGCUAUUCCCGAAUCGUAUUUGCAUCUGCAGAGGGAAAGAACUUGUGGAAUAUACAGGCAAUAAAAUCCAUGUGCAAUUUUGACAAUACACGGGUUCGCUCUCAUCCCCAGUACUUGGAUCUGUGUCAGCGCACCACUGCUGCCUCAUGCUGUCCCAGCUGGACACUUGGGAACUACAUAGCCGUCCUUACUAACAAGUCCUCCUGCCAAAAGAUCACAGAGCAAGAUGUUUCUCACACCCUAAAAAUCCUGCGCUCCUGUGCAAAGUAUUACCACAACGGCACUCUUGGACCUGAGUGCUGGGAUAUGACGACCCGUAAGAAGGACCUCAAGUGUGGCAACGUGCCACGGAAGUGUACAAAAUACAACGCCGUGUAUCAGAUUUUUCACUUUUUGGUGGACAAAGACUUUCUGAAUCCAAAGAACACGGACUACCUUCCACCUAACCUCAAGUACAGCAUGCUCUUCUCCCCGACUGAGAAAGGAGAAACAAUGAUGAACAUUUACUUGGACAACUUUGAGAACUGGAACUCCUCGGAUGGUAUCACGACCAUCACAGGAAUAGAAUUUGGGAUCAAACACAACUUAUUUCAGGACUACCUUCUGACAGAUACCAUGUAUCCCGCAAUAGCAAUUGUGAUCGUGCUGGUAGUCAUGUGCAUCUACACGAGAUCAAUGUUCAUCACCCUUAUGACCAUGUUUGCCAUUAUCAGUUCGCUCAUUGUCUCCUACUUUCUGUAUCGUGUGGUCUUCAACUUUGAUUUCUUCCCCUUUAUGAACCUCACCGCACUCAUCAUACUUGUUGGAAUUGGCGCCGACGAUGCCUUUGUGCUCUGCGAUGUCUGGAACUACACAAAGUUUGACAAACCCAAUUCUGAACUUUCUGAAACGGUAAGCGUGACGCUUCAGCACGCGGCACUUUCAAUGUUUGUCACCAGCUUCACCACGGCUGCUGCCUUCUAUGCCAACUAUGUGAGCAACAUCACUGCCAUCCGAUGCUUUGGUGUGUAUGCUGGUACUGCUAUCCUGGUCAACUACAUACUGAUGGUCACCUGGUUGCCAGCUGUGGUGGUCCUACAUGAACGGUACCUAGUCAACGUCUUUACAUGUUCCCGGUCACAACACCACCAGACACAGGGCGCUAUGCCAUUUUGGACAAGCCUGUGCCAGAUGGUCAGCAAGUGUCUUUUUAGCAUCUCAGAGGCCUCUCGGAUAUUCUUUGAGAAAGUUUUGCCUUGCAUCGUGAUCAAGUUGCGCUACUUGUGGCUCUUGUGGUUCCUGGCAAUGACGAUGGGUGGUGCCUACGUUGUUUGCGUGAAUCCCAAAAUGAAACUGCCCUCUCUGGAGCUGUCGGAGUUUCAGGUUUUCCGCUCUUCCCAUCCCUUUGAACGCUAUGAUGCAGAGUACAAAAAACUCUUCAUGUUCGAACGGGUCAACCAUGGGGAAGACCUCCACAUGCCAAUCACCAUCAUUUGGGGAGUUACUCCAGUUGACAAUGGAGAUCCGCUAAACCCCAAAAAUAAGGGUAAACUAACACUCGACACAACCUUCAACAUUGCGAGUCCUGCAAGUCAGGUAUGGAUUCUCAACUUCUGCCAGAAGCUAAGGAACCAGAGCUUCGUGUUCCAAUCUGAGGAGCAAGACUUCACCAGCUGCUUCAUGGAGACUUUCAAGCAAUGGAUGGAAAACCAAGACUGUGAAGAAGCGUCCGUCUAUCCCUGUUGUAGUCAAUCCACGUUCCCUUACCGACAAGACGUCUUUGAGUUGUGCAUCAAACGGGCAAUUAUGGAGCUUGACCGAAGCACCAUCUACCACCUUGACAGCAAGACUCCAGGACCAAGGUUUGACAUCAAUGACACAAUACGAGCAAUUGUGCUCGAGUUUCAAAGUACCUACCAUUUCACUCUGGCAUACGAGAAGAUGCAUCAGUUCUACAGAGAAGUCGAUGUUUGGAUUCAGGAGGAGCUGAGGGAUGCUCCUGAAGGAAUGAGCUACGGAUGGUUUGUAAGCAACCUGGAGUUCUACGACCUGCAAGACAGCUUAUCAGAUGGGACUCUUAUCGCUAUGGCACUGUCGGUGGUAGUGGCCUUCAGUGUUAUGCUUCUGACCACCUGGAAUAUCAUCAUCAGCCUCUAUGCCAUCAUAUCCAUCGCCGGAACCAUAUUUGUCACAGUUGGGUCACUGGUGCUCUUGGGUUGGGAACUAAAUGUGCUUGAAUCAGUGACCAUCUCAGUUGCUGUAGGCCUCUCUGUGGACUUUGCUGUCCAUUAUGGAGUGGCGUACCGCCUUGCACCAGAACCGGACAGGGAGGGGAAGGUGGUAUUCUCUUUGAGCAGAAUGGGCUCGGCUAUAGCGAUGGCAGCGCUCACAACCUUUGUAGCUGGUGCGAUGAUGAUGCCAUCCACAGUUUUGGCCUACACUCAACUGGGCACGUUUUUGAUGCUAAUCAUGUGCAUUAGUUGGGCAUUUGCUACGUUUUUCUUUCAAUGCAUGUGUCGCUGUUUGGGACCUCAGGGCACCUGUGGACAGAUUCCUUUGCCAAAGAAACUCCAGUGCUAUGCUUUUACAGAGAGCACAUCUGAAAACCAGUCUAAUCUGAGUCAAGGUAAACUCGGUGCUUGCUACACAAGCAAGUACCAGAUAGAUAACGCAAGAAGUGAGGGUCGACACGAACACUAUGAGCUUGAGCCCUUGGCGUUGAAUGUCAGGAAUGAGGAAAAGGCUUCUGAUGAGGAACAGGGAGCAUGUACGCAGUUGCAUAAUGGCGUCACUUCUCAUCAUUCAACCUUGAAAAGCUGCACUGACCCAGGAGAACCCAGUCCUGAGAUUGAACAUGGCUUACCAGGAACUGAACUUUCACAUCUUCAUCCAUACGCGUACAGUACAAGGUGCACCUGUGAGAACUCCAUCCAUCAGUAUAUGAGGGAGCGACAAAGGACUCCUUACCAUCCUUGCAGCAACCAAUGCCCUGCUCAACAGACCAAUCACUUACCUGUGGGUCAGAACCUUCAGUCCUCACGGGAUACAACGCACAUUCCUACUGACUGCUUCGUAAACUGUGGCCACUUCCAACAUUGCUCACAGAGCCAACCAUCAAGGCCAGCCCCUCACAGAUGUUUCCCCGGGGGCUACAGCAUGCAAGCAGUACAACGUUUGCAUCAGGCACUGUUGUCCGAUACUGCAGUGCAUGACGAGUCCCACAUAAAUGCGUGUGGCCCCAAUUCACCUCUACCAGACAGCCAGAACUUUCCAGCUCACAUUCAGUUUCCAGAUGUUCAGCGCUGCGCUUUACCUGACACAACUCGAGUCUGUACUGUUAAUCACGAUACACAGAAGACAGGGGACCUAGCAUUAAAUUCCCAGACCCCUCAAAAACUUCCAUGGAACCAUAUAAAAACAAAAGCAAAUGGCACUUGUGUUUUGCUGCAGGACAGUCGUGAGAUUCGCGAAGCGAUUCCAGUGGUACCGGAAGAAAGUGUCAAAUGCAAUCUGAGCAACAAAGACAAUAAUGAAAGGGCAGAGCCUGUAUCUUCCAAAAAAUUUAACUGUUUUAAAAAGACUGUAAAAGCGAAGUGCAAUUCUGUAGAGUUUCACAAGCCAAAAACCACCGUGCCUACUAUUGCCAUUCAUUCAAAAGCCUCAUCUGAGAGUUUAUGCUAACAUUCAAAAUUAGAGCAUUAGAUCGAGAUAUCAGAACGCAUUGCCAUAUUAAGAUUUAGCACAGAAAAGCAACUGGGUUGUUUCCUGACAGGGACAGAGUUUCUUGACAUUAUGUGCAUGGGAAUUAUGACAUGACGUCAAGGAAAACUUUUGUCUGAUUUAAGAGGAUGCUAUUUUGACCCAAUGGCUUGUAUUAUUUGUGUGACAUCGGUUUUAGAUUAUUUUUUUAAUGUCUGGCCAUAGGCCAUCACUUUUUCAUGGGAACAGAAAAACAUAAUCAGAAUUAUUUUCCUGCACAUUUCAUAUGAACGUGUAUAUAUUUUAUGUGUUGUGUUUUGUGUAUGUAUUUGAAUCAUGCACUUUUUUCGUUGAUGCUGAUUGGAAUGUUUUGCCUAUAAAGUUUUUAAUACUUCACAUGCAAACUUCAGUAAUUUCUGUGAUGGUGAAUUGAAAGACUCAUUGUGCUUUUUAAAGUUGUCUGCUUUUUUCCAGUUUCUCAGAUAAAACCACUUCCUCCUGCAGUGUGCAAACAUUUACAUUAGCCUCAGGACUUCAGGGAAAUUGAGUCAGUUUAUGUGACUUCACACAAAAGAAAAUUGUUUUUGUCAAAUAUACCACACGCAGAAUUAAGUAUUCUUUUAAGUGUCACGUGUCCUUGACAUGUACGGUGUACCUCUCAUCUGAGAAAUCAGGAUCUGUUCUGUUGGUUUUUUUUAAUAGAAAGAUAAUCACAAAUUUUUUGUUAUUUGGUAAUAUUGGGGGUACCAAUAAAGGCUGCUAUCUGGUGUAAUAAUAAUGUUAUUAAUCAUAAUAAUUUAAUUAUAUAACAAGAUUUGGUGAAUUUCAAAGAAUUGGUGGUACCAGUUGUAAAAAUGUUAUAUUGUAUCCAACAUUUGUCCUCUGAUGUGUCCUUUUUAGCAGUAACUAUCUGCUGUAUGCCAAGGUUUAUUCAAGUAACUGAAUGCAAAACAGCAAUAAUUUUAGUACAUUCUUUAAAAGUCACAUUUUAUUUCAAAACCAAGUAUUGUCCCACAGAUAUUUGGACACAUGUGAAUUGUAAUACACAGUAUGAUUUAUUCAACUUAUUGUGCCAAAUCCUGAAACAGUAUGAAAAUAAAAAUGAAAAAGGUGUACCAUUUACAUAUGUAAAACGUUAUUUAAAGCAAUUACGGUGUUAACGCAGGUAUCUGUUCAUCUAAUUAAAGAUGUGUCUGUAAUUUCACAGUUUCAUUGACCUUUACACCAACUGACCAAGAAGUUCAUGCUACUGCACAUUUUGGAUAAUACAAAAUAAACUUUUAUAUCUACACAGUUCAGUAUGGUGUCAAGCUUAAUACACUUCAUUUUU